AUGGCUUCAAUGAAUUUCUCAAGCAUUGAGACAUUGACUGGAAGCAACUACAAAAACUGGAAACGAGACAUUGAGAUAUUGUUAGGGCUCAUGGACUAUGAUCUUGUUAUUCGUGAGGAUGAACCUGCUGCACUUACUGAAGCUAGCACAACAACGCAGAGGACUAAGCAUGAGAAAUGGGAAAAAUUGAAUAGGAUGGCAUUAAAUGUCAUGAGGAAGGCUAUGACCUCGGCUAUGAGAGGGGGGAUUACAGUUUGUGAUAAGGCUAAGAACUUCCUUGAAGCAAUUGAGAUGAAAUUUAAGGAGUCAGAAAAGGCUAAGACUGAUUUGAUGCCUGAUCAACAACUAUCUCCACAUAUUUUUGAUCCUAGUAUAGACACCAUGAUGAAUCAACCAGAAACAGGAGUUGACACAACACCAAGAAAUGAAGAACAAGUUGAUCAUGUCAUUCAACCUAAUGAACCAGAACCUGUGAGAAGAUCUCAAAGGUCACACAAGCCUGCUAUACCUGAAGACUAUGUUGGCUAUUUGCAACAGUCAGAUUCUGGAAUUGACCUUGAUGAAGAUCCCCUUACUUAUGUGAAGUGA